GCGCGCUUCGCGUGGCUGCCACCGGAGUUGAUGGAGCCCCGAGUCUCAUUCACUGCUGGCGUCUGAGAGAGGCGAUGCAGCAGCGUGCAGGGCUUGCGAUGAUGGCCUGGAUGGUGCUGCUGGCUCUACCGCUGCUCACGCUGGCGCAGCAAGACCUCGCAAUCGACAAAUCUGGGGUGUAUGCAGUCAAGGACACGAGAAAAUCAGCCAAGAUGGAGCAGCAUUCCAAGAGCGAGCAGCAACUGGUUGUCGAUGAGGAAGUCGCUAAUGACUGUAAUCUUUCGAUCCCGCCGUCUCCACUCCACUCGACUCCACGUGCGACCACCACUCUCCCGUGUCACGCCCGUUCUUCGCGCUGCAUCCUCGAGAUGAUCACGUGGUCGAGAAUGAUUUCCUUUGAGGAAGUAGAGACGAUAGUGACCUGCAACGGGAGCCUUUGUGAGGUCACGGCAUCAGGGUACCAGGGCAGAGUUCGUCUGGUCACGUCACAGCCCCACAACGGCUCACUGAUCCUCACCGAUGUGAGGUUAAAUGACACCGCGAGAUACGGCUGCGAGCAUCAAUGGAGACGCGGAGAUGUAAUCGAGACGAGCACGAUCACUGUGGAUCUCAACGUCACUGAACAGGGGACCACGAUUUCGCCUCAAGUCACCGAAGCUGGGCAAAAGGAACGCAAAUCGGACGAAGGCCGAGGGAGCCAUGGCAAGGUUGAAGCAGUGGAGCCAGAGCAAGAAACCAACACUGCAGCCCAUGUGCCUAUGUGGUACUACAUGCCGGCAGUGGUGCUAGUGGUGGUGAUGGCAGUGGGUCUGCCACUCCUGUAUCAUUUCACAUGUAAGAAGAAAUCAGCGGCGGUGCCGCCGUACCCUUCCACGAGCCUGGACGGGCGGAUCGAGCCACGCGCCAUGCAGAAUGACGCUGCUGGCGAGGUCUUCUACGAGACGGUGAACAUGGGCGAUGGAGAGCGACGCGAUUCUAUGGCGGGCGAGGAGCCCCACAUCCACGGCUCUCCGCUGCCUGUCAUCUACUCGACCGUCAAUAAAGUCUCUUCGGGGCCUAGCUCUUAAAUCGUCCUCUAUUGUUGUUAACUAUUAUUAGUAGAACUCCUUCUUGUUGUUGUGUUUAGUUUGUUGUUCUCCCUGCUCCCCGCACCUCCUGGGGUCGCCGGGUUUGGAGCACAGCGUAAUGUUAACUGCUACAUCACCGCUCCAUCGACACACACUCAUCCAGAGACCCAUGAACUCAUCACACAGAGACGCAGAGACUCUCCACACAGAGACACACAGACUCACACACAGACUCAUAGACUCACACACAGAUCCAUUUACUCUCCACACAAAGACCCAUAGACUCACACAGACCCAUAUACUCUCUACACAAAGACCCAAAUAGAUAUACACAGACUUACACAGAGACCCAGACUCACACAAAGAUCCAUAGACUCGCACAGAGACCGAUAUACUCUCCACACAAAGACGCACACAGAGACCCCCAGGCUCACACAGAGACCCAUAAGCUCUCAGAGAUACCAUAGACCCACAUCGAGACCGAUUGACUGGCGCAGAGACCAAUUAGAUUCGGACACAAAUCUACAGCCUGAAAUAUCGCAUCGCAAUUGUACCGUGACUCAAGUACUGUGGGAUUGUUGCAAUGUGUGAUUGUUAGGAUUCGAUGAAAUAUAAUUUUUUGUCGACCCAGGUCAAGAGUGGUGAACAUUGAAAAUUCAUUUCUUUAGAAGUGCUUUUUGUUUUUAGUUUGUUGUUUCCCACCCCACACCUUCGAUUAUGGUGGUUGGCUACGUACAGUGAGAGAGAAUUCAACAUAUAUAACGUGUACGUUAUUACUCUUGCAUAUUUUUCCAGCAAAUGCGAACUCCGGUUAUCCUCGCAGCAGCAGUGACGACUUUUGGCUAGCCCAUCGAACAAUGGCGGUCACCGCAUCGCGCGCGUGAGUUCAGAUGCGCUUCUGCGUCCGACUGGAACGCUCUUCCUUCCGCUACUAGGAAGUCACUGGGAGCUGCGGUGCACUUAAAACAACUCGAGAUUGAUAAACUUAUUUCUUUAGAACUGCUUGUUGUUGAGUUUAGUUUGUUGUCCCCCCCCGCACCUCCGAUUAGCAAGGGGGUCUCGGUCUUAAAUCACCUCGUCGUUUAUUUAUAUAUAUACUUGACUCUCAAUUAUCCGUGCUAAUGAUGUAAAAGAUUGGCGCGAAUAUUUCAAAAUCGUAAAUAAUCAAAAAUAUAACUAUUUCCCACGGAUAUCUAUGCCAAAAACGAACAAGUGACCGAUCGAUGAUGGGCGUGCUCAGCGAUAACACGUUCCUGCUCCGGUCCAGCAGAAGACUUGUCCCACUAAGUGGAUGAUAGCAGAGCCACAGCCAAUCAACAUCAAACUCAGCCCACUGAGUAGAUGAUAGCAGAGCUUCAGCUAAUCAAGAUCAAACAAAUUCAGCCCACUGAGUGGAUGAUAGCAGAGCCACAGCCAAUCAACAUCAAACUCAGCCCACUGAGUGAUAGUAGAGCCUCGCCAAUCAACAUCAAUCAGAUAUUGCAACUGCUGUCCUGUCGCGGCAAUAUUGUGGAUUUCGGAUUAACCGGAGCAACAUUUUUGUCGGUUAAAGAACGUGCCUUACAAUGAACAUUUCCAAGAAUAACAAUAUGUAAUUCAUAUUCUUUGGGUCUUUCGGUAAAGCCACGUAGAUAGAAAAAUUAUAAAAUCAAAAUCACGACGUUUCGAUCACAACACAAGCAAUCGCCUUCAGGUGAAAAAGAGGAAAAUCCGUUGAGGCAGGCUGUUUAUAAAGGGUUGGAGAUGGGCGGGACAGCUAAUGUUAAUGUAGGAGCGAGUAGGAGAGGGCGAGUAGGAGAGGACGAGUAGGCGAGAGAAAUUUGCUUGGAAAUGUAAGCUCUGUGGGGGCCAAGCUCAGCUCGGGCCCGGACGAUGCAGUGGCAUACUCUUAUGAUUUUUUUUGCAGUGGCAAGCCGCCAUAUACUAACACACCUAAAGGUUAGCUGUGUUAGUGAAUGUAACUCAGAGAGUCGAACAUAACUGCUAACAUAGGUAUGUAGGAUAGGAACAUCACAGCCAGUUAUGACCUAAACUGGUUAAGAACGUCCUUCCAAUGAUUGCUUAGUUUGUACCCAUCUUCUCGGUUGAAAUUGUGUCUGUGUUUAUUUAUCUGGAUGGCUUCAUGAACGAAUCUUUGCUGAUAGCCAGUGGGUUUGCAGAGUACCUUCGUCUUGGCAAAAUCAAUUUCACGUGUGCUCACCGCGUUAAAACAAUGAUCAGCCACGGCUGAGGCAUUGGUCCUACCGUGUUUCAGAUCUGCCUUAUGUUCACGAACCCGGUCCGAGACAUGUCGCUUAGUUUCCCAAUGUAAUUGCUGCCGCAGACACAGCUUAGUUUGUAGACACCGGGGUAUAACAUGUCAGGGAUCGCAUCCUUCACAGAUGGGAUCAAAUCACAAAUUGUAUGUACUGUGUUGAUCCGUACCUGGAUAUUGUGUUUGAACAUGAUUUUGGAAAUCUUAUUGGUGAACCCUGCUAUGUAUGGCAAGGUGAUGUGUAAUUGUUUUUAGAUGAUUCAUUUGGGCUUAAGGGAAAAUCUCAUGAGUUGUUCAUUUGUGUCAAAAUCUCAGGCGCGUGGCUAAUCAUCUAAUCCAAUACACCGCCGCGUGGAUAAUUGAGUCUACCGUAUAUACAGUGAGGGAAAGAGUAUUUGAUCCCCUGCUGAUUUUGUACGUUUGCCCACUGAUAAAGAAAUGAUCAAUCUAUAAUUUUAAUGGUAGGUUUAUUUGAACAGUGAGAGACAGAAUAACAACAAAAAAAUCCAGAAAAACGCAUCUCAAAUUUUUUUUAAAUAGAUUUGCAUUUUAAUGAGGGAAAUAAGUAUUUGACCCCUCUGCAAAACAUGACUUAGUACUUGGUGGCAAAACCCUUGUUGGCAAUCGCAGAGGUCAGACGUUUCUUGUAGUUGGCCACCAGGUUUGCACACAUCUCAGGAGGGAUUUUGUCCCACUCCUCUUUGCAGAUCCAAGUCAUUAAGGUUUCAAGGCUGACGUUUGACAACUCGAACCUUGGAAAUGUAAGCUCUGUGGGGGCCAAGCUCAGCUCGGGCCCGGACGAUGCAGUGGCAUACUCUUAUGAUUUUUUUUGCAGUGGCAAGCCGCCAUAUACUAACACACCUAAAGGUUAGCUGUGUUAGUGAAUGUAACUCAGAGAGUCGAACAUAACUGCUAACAUAGGUAUGUAGGAUAGGAACAUCACAGCCAGUUAUGACCUAAACUGGUUAAGAACGUCCUUCCAAUGAUUGCUUAGUUUGUACCCAUCUUCUCGGUUGAAAUUGUGUCUGUGUUUAUUUAUCUGGAUGGCUUCAUGAACGAAUCUUUGCUGAUAGCCAGUGGGUUUGCAGAGUACCUUCGUCUUGGCAAAAUCAAUUUCACGUGUGCUCACCGCGUUAAAACAAUGAUCAGCCACGGCUGAGGCAUUGGUCCUACCGUGUUUCAGAUCUGCCUUAUGUUCACGAACCCGGUCCGAGACAUGUCGCUUAGUUUCCCAAUGUAAUUGCUGCCGCAGACACAGCUUAGUUUGUAGACACCGGGGUAUAACAUGUCAGGGAUCGCAUCCUUCACAGAUGGGAUCAAAUCACAAAUUGUAUGUACUGUGUUGAUCCGUACCUGGAUAUUGUGUUUGAACAUGAUUUUGGAAAUCUUAUUGGUGAACCCUGCUAUGUAUGGCAAGGUGAUGUGUAAUUGUUUUUAGAUGAUUCAUUUGGGCUUAAGGGAAAAUCUCAUGAGUUGUUCAUUUGUGUCAAAAUCUCAGGCGCGUGGCUAAUCAUCUAAUCCAAUACACCGCCGCGUGGAUAAUUGAGUCUACCGUAUAUACAGUGAGGGAAAGAGUAUUUGAUCCCCUGCUGAUUUUGUACGUUUGUCCACUGAUAAAGAAAUGAUCAAUCUAUAAUUUUAAUGGUAGGUUUAUUUGAACAGUGAGAGACAGAAUAACAACAAAAAAAUCCAGAAAAACGCAUCUCAAAUUUUUUAAAAAUAGAUUUGCAUUUAAAUGAGGGAAAUAAGUAUUUGACCCCUCUGCAAAACAUGACUUAGUACUUGGUGGCAAAACCCUUGUUGGCAAUCGCAGAGGUCAGACGUUUCUUGUAGUUGGCCACCAGGUUUGCACACAUCUCAGGAGGGAUUUUGUCCCACUCCUCUUUGCAGAUCCAAGUCAUUAAGGUUUCAAGGCUGACGUUUGACAACUCGAACCUUCAGCUUCCUCCACAUAUUUUCUUGGGGAUUAAGGUCUGGAGACUGGCUAGGCCACUCCAGGACCUUAAUGUGCUUCUUCUUGAGCCACUCCUUUGUUGCCUUGGCCGUGUGAUUUGGGUCAUUGUCAUGCUGGAAUGCCCAUCCACGACCCAUUUUCAAUGCCCUGGCUGAGGGAAGGAGGUUCUUACCCAAGAUUUGACGGUACAUGGCCCCGUCCAUCACCCCUUUGAUGCGGUGAAGUUGUCCUGUCCCCUUAGCAGAAAACACCCCCAAAGCAUAAUGUUUCCACCUACAUGUUUGACGGUGGGGAUGGUCUUCAUGCGGUCAUAGGCAGCAUUCCUCCUCCUCCAAACACGGCGAGUUGAGUUGAUGCCAAAGAGCUCCAUUUUGGUCUCAUCUGACCACAACACUUUCACCCAGUUGUCCUCUGAAUCAUUCAGAUGUUCAUUGGCAAACUUCAGACGGGCAUGUAUGUGCUUUCUUGAGCAGGGGACCUUGCAGGCGCUGCAGGAUUUCAAUCAUUCAUGGCGUAGUUUGUUACCAACUGUUUUCUUGGUGACUAUGGUCCCAGCUGCCUUGAGAUCAUUGACAAGAUCAUCCCGUGUAGUUCUGGGCUGAUUCCUCACCGUUCUCAUGAUCAUUGCAACUCCACGAGGUGAGAUCUUGCAUGGAGCCCCAGGCCGAGGGAGAUUGACAGUUAUUUUGUGUUUCUUCCAUUUGCGAAUAAUCGCACCAACUGUUGUCACCUUCUCACCAAGCUGCUUUGCGAUGGUCUUGUAGCCCAUUCCAGCCUUGUGUAGGUGCACAAUCUUGUCCCUGACAUCCUUGGAGAGCUCUUUGGUCUUGGCCAUGGUGAAGAGUUUGAAAACUGAUUGAUUGAUUGCUUCUGUGAACAGGUG